UUUCAUCUCUGCAGGGUUCUCCAUCCUCCAGGCCAUCAUGGAGGCGGCGGUGAACAACAACUGGCAGGUGACGGCCCGCUCUGUCAGUGCGACCACCGACGCCGGCGAGUUCCGGCGCAUCAUCGAGGAGAUGGAUCGCAGGCAGGAGAAGCGCUUUGUGAUCGACUGCGAGGUGGGACGCAUCAACACCAUUUUGGAGCAGGUUGUGGCCCUGGGGAAGAACAGCCGCGGCUACCACUACAUUCUGGCCAAUCUUGGGUUUUCCAACGUGAGCUUGGACAAAGUCUUUGCUGGUGGCGCCAACAUCUCUGGAUUCCAGAUCAUCAACCCUGAGAACCCAAUUGUGCAGCAGUUUAUGCAACGCUGGGAUCGCCUGGAUGAAAGAGAAUUCCCAGAAGCCAGCAGCACGCCUCUGAAGUACACGUCUGCCCUGACCCACGACGCCAUCCUGGUGAUCGCCGAGGCCUUCCGUUACCUGCGGCGGCAGCGUGUGGACGUGUCUCGCCGCGGCAGCGCCGGGGACUGCCUGGCCAACCCCGCCGUGCCCUGGAGCCAGGGCAUCGACAUAGAGAGAGCCCUGAAGACGGUUCAAGUGCAAGGCAUGACCGGGAACAUCCAGUUUGACAACUACGGCCGGAGAACCAACUUCACCAUCGAUGUCUAUGAGAUGAAAAUCGGUGGCCCCAGAAAGAUCGGAUACUGGAACGAAUACGAGCGCUUUGUACAUAUUAUGGACCAGCAGGUCACCAACGAGUCCUCCUCUGUGGAAAACCGAACGAUUGUGGUCACUACUAUUAUGGAAGCGCCUUAUGUGAUGUACAAGAAAAAUCAUUUGCAUCUGGAGGGCAAUGACAGAUAUGAAGGCUACUGCGUUGAUUUAGCGUCUGAGAUUGCCAAACAUGUUGGAAUUAAGUACAAACUGUCUAUAGUAAUGGAUGGAAAGUACGGAGCCCGCGACCCUGAGACUAAGACGUGGAACGGGAUGGUGGGCGAACUGGUCUACGGGAGGGCCGAUAUAGCUGUCGCGCCUCUCACCAUAACACUGGUCCGAGAGGAGAUGAUUGACUUUUCCAAGCCAUUUAUGAGCUUGGGCAUCUCCAUUAUGAUAAAGAAGCCACAAAAGUCCAAGCCCGGCGUGUUCUCCUUCCUGGAUCCCCUGGCCUAUGAGAUCUGGAUGUGUAUAGUGUUUGCCUAUAUCGGUGUGAGCGUGGUUCUGUUCCUGGUCAGUCGCUUCAGCCCAUACGAAUGGAACCUCGAAGAGCAGGAUGAGACCAAAGACCCCCAGACGCCACCAGACCCGCCAAACGACUUUGGCAUCUUCAACUCUCUUUGGUUCUCUCUGGGCGCCUUCAUGCAGCAGGGCUGCGACAUCUCACCGAGGUCUCUGUCUGGGCGUAUUGUGGGUGGUGUGUGGUGGUUCUUCACCCUCAUCAUCAUUUCAUCCUACACAGCCAAUCUGGCUGCUUUCCUCACUGUGGAGAGGAUGGUGUCUCCUAUCGAAAGCGCAGAGGAUCUCGCAAAGCAAACAGAGAUCGCAUAUGGAACUCUUGACUCAGGCUCAACAAAGGAGUUCUUUAGGCGAUCCAAAAUUGCGGUGUAUGAGAAAAUGUGGUCGUACAUGAAAUCGGCCGAGCCCUCUGUGUUCGCAAAGACCACGCCCGACGGCGUGGCACGGGUACGCAAGUCCAAGGGCAAGUUCGCCUUCCUGCUGGAGUCCACCAUGAACGAGUACAUCGAACAGCGCAAGCCCUGCGACACCAUGAAAGUGGGCGGGAACCUGGACUCCAAGGGCUACGGAGUGGCCACGCCCAAAGGCUCAGCAUUAAGAACUCCUGUAAACCUUGCAGUAUUGAAACUCAGUGAACAAGGCAUCUUAGACAAGCUGAAAAACAAAUGGUGGUACGAUAAGGGUGAAUGUGGAACGAAGGACUCUGGAAGUAAGGACAAGACAAGUGCUCUCAGCCUUAGCAAUGUGGCUGGUGUCUUCUAUAUUUUGGUUGGAGGGCUGGGGCUGGCAAUGAUGGUCGCCCUGAUAGAGUUUUGUUAUAAAUCAAGGCAAGAAACAAAACGGCUGAAAUUGGCCAAGAAUGCCCAGAACUUUAAGCCCGCUCCCCCGACCAACACCCAGAACUUUGCCACAUACAGGGAAGGCUACAACGUCUACGGAACCGAGAGCGUUAAGAUUUAAAGACCGUAUUCACACUGUCCCCCUUACAACUGUGACUGAACGGCUGCGGACGGAAGGAAGGAAAGGAUCAAAGCGGGAAUCAAGAUCCAAGCCCACUCUUCUUGCUUGGACAUAAAAUGAUAAUCUGCGACGAUCGACGCGACAGGACUGGUCAUUGGGGUGGGGUUAGGGGAGGGCCAGAGCUGAAGCUGUCCCUUCCCUUUCAGUGCCUUAUGGAACUCAAGAGUCCACUCAAUGCAAACCCCAUUGGCAAUGGCAUUGCUCUUCUUUUGUUUUUUUCUUGCUUCAAGCCCCCAUUGCGAGGAAAGAUGCACUGAUCUGUGAAAAAUAAUCACCCUAUUUGACCUGUAAACAUUGAAUGAGCGAGAGAACUAAAGCCAUCACUUGCAACCUAAGCACAUUUUCAAGUGCCAUAUUGAGGUCAAAUCUUGUAAAACAAAGGCUUGAUUGUUUUUUUUCUCGUGAUCAAUAUGUCCAUUGUGCUUCAUCCUUCUCCUGCCGUCGUCAGAUUACACUGGUGUUACACAAACAAGUUUAUUAGAAAUUAUUCAAAGCACUGUAAGACACUAGACAAUAGAUUUUUUGUAGGCCAUGAGUUACUUGCGGUGACCCUGUAAUUGUGGAGAGAGAGAGAGAGAGAGAGAGAGAGAGAGAGAGAGAGAGAGAGAGAGAGAGAGAGAGAGAGAGAGAGAGAGAGAGAGAGAGAGAGAGAGAGAGAGAGAGAGAGAGAGAGAGAGAGAGAGAGAGAGAGAGAGAGAGAGAGAGAGAGAGAGAGAGAGAGAGAGAGAGAGAGAGAGAGAGAGAGAGAGAGAGAGAUAUUCUAUUGAAUGACUAUUAUUAUACAUUCAUGAAGAAGUGGAGAAUUUCUAAAAUCUUCAACUCUGGUGCUGCUGUAUGCGUCUUCUGAGAGCUUUGGUUGAGCCCAUGAUAUACGACUAUGAGGUGAAGAGACGGUUAUCGGCUUCACUACGGCUCCACACACACACACACACACACACGCACACGCACACACACGCACACACACAAACAAACACUGGCUGAAGCAGGUCACACGUCAAACCUUCAACACUGCCAAGAGUGUUUUCAGUUUCAUUGUGUUUUCAUUUUUAUUUAAUUUUUUUGUGCAAGCGGAUGACUGAAUGGUUUUGUUUUGUUAUGUUGGAAGAAAAAAAAGAUGAUCUGUUUUGAGUGUGUUAUCUUCAGUGAGUUGAACGUGAAAAAAACUGGGCACCUUCGUAAAAAUGUGCACUUCAAAUUUUUCCCUGAAACAAAGUCAUGAAAGUCUUUUGUACAUGAAACAUAAAGCCAAAACAAAAGCAAUGAUUAAAAUAUAGAUGAACUGCAAUCCUAGUGAACGGAUAACAGUAAUGGCUUUUAAAAUAGUAGUAUUUUGAAUUCAAACUUUGUUAAACAAUCACACAUUUUACGACAAGCUGUGAUCUGCUUUCGAUUUCGGUUUUCUUUUAUGAGCAUAAUAGUGUUUGGUGAAUUUACUUAGUAAAUGGAAUUUUACAAUAUACAAUAAAUAAAUAUAUAUAUAUAUAAAUACAAUUGAAAAUAGAUUUAUACAAGGUUGUAACAGGGAGUGUCUUAAAGUUUAGCACAUUUCCUUAUUGCUGUACCAACUUCUGUUAUUUCAAAAAGACUGUGAUUCCAUAGGAUUUAGAAGGACAGUUAUCGAACCACCUUAAGCUAUGGAGAGCUAGUUUUCUAGAAAAAAGAACAAACUGACAAAAUAAGUGCUGUAAAAAAGAUAUGUACAUUUAAUCAAAUGAUAUUUAUUUAUAUGACGGUAACAAAAGGAGAGACAUGGUUCCCCAGGAUUUUCGAUGUUUGCUUUGGUUUAUUUCUAAAUAAAUUGCAUGUGAAAUCAAGGAUGCUUGAAGACAUCUGCUACUCACAACUGAUCGUAGGUCACUGUCACCUGGUUAUUCUUCGGUAAAAGCCAGUUUUACCCUUUGUUUCUUUUUCUAAAGGACACCUUCCAAAAAGACAAACAUUUCAAAGCAUUGUAAUGGAUACAGACGAGCAAGAAGUGCAUGCAGAAGCUCAGCCUCAUUAACGAGGUGUUGUACAGAUCAUUUUAAUACAUUUUGUAAAUAAAAUGUACAGAAAACAA